UUCAUGGUUUAUUGCUUAGAUUUAGCUGGGCAGACUUCGAUCGUUUAGUAUCAUUUUAGCGCCGUUAAAAUUUGUAUUUAUUUUGUAUGGUUAGCCUUUUCUAUAAUUAACAGACUCGCGUUUGGGCCUUAUUUAUGGCCUAAACAGGCUGUUUAAAUAAACUGUAGGCCUAUUUAAUAGUGCGGAAGGUAUCACCGUAUUUAGCUAACAUAACUCAGCGAAAGUGAAAGACGUUUUCCCCAAAAAAUACUGCAGUCAGGAAAGUCUUAGGGAGACCCCAUGAGGUGACAAGAACAGAACACAUCGCUCAGGGCAGGGUCACUCGGCUGCUAUGGUCAGACAGUGGGUUUUUUUUAUUUAUUUAUUUUUAUUUAUUAACAGCGUUCGUUCCACCUUCAAGUAUUUUACUUUUAAGAUGAUUACAGCUCUGUCGCCCUGUUUGCUCUGUCCAUGGUACUGACCCCGUUUGGCUGCAUUAUAACGUUAGCUAAUAUUUAUAAACUGUUGUGCAGGAUUUUAAAACAAAUUGAUAUCCGUUGAAAGACGGGAUAUACAUACAGUAGUUGACUAUUAUAAUCUUCGUUCGGCGAAAAAACAUGGUUAUUAGGCUGCUGACUAAUAACAUUUUUUUUCAAUUGUUGUGGAUUAAACGUGGUGGUAGAUUACUUGUUGCUAAUGCUAAUAUAGACUCAGCAAGAUAAUCCUUUUUUAUUCUGUAUCAUGGUUACAUUCUGCACUUCCCAGAUCGAUGUACCGUCUCCAUGAUGCGGAGAUAUAGGUCUGUAUCCUAGAGCGCCUUCUAAGCCUAUCUGACCAGACGUUCAGACUAGCAGCUUGUUGAUUAUCGAUUUCGAAAUAUGGUCCGCUAGACUGUUUCAAGAGAAGCGGUAAUUUUUACAACCACAUUUUACUCCACUAAAAACAUUAAUAAUCACCCGAAGACUUUCAAUGUUGGUCAGUGGAGUGAACGCAAUUACCGAGGUGACAUCACCGAUCGACGCGAGUGCAAUCUGAUUUCUGAAGGGAAAAAGCUGAAACGCUUCCGCCUUGUGAAUUGGAAAAAGGAGGACGGAGGGGGGGACACACGCGUUGCUUUUCCUUGCGAAGAUGGCGGCCCCUGUUCAAGCCAGCCGGGCUGGAUCCGUGAACAGCGUUGGGAACAGCCCGACUGCAACGCCCAACAACCCGAAUAACAACAACAAAAUUAUCCCCGGCUACCCUGAACUCGAUUUCAGGUCUGGUGCAAGGAUUGAAGAGUUGAACAAGCUGAUCCAGGAAUUCAGCAGGCACGAUCAACGUGAAUAUGACGACCAGAGAGCCUUGGAGAUUCACACCGCGAAAGACUUCAUCUUUUCUAUGCUUGGAUUGGUGCAGAAGUUGGACCAGAAGCUCCCCGUAGCCAACGAGUACCUCCUGCUGUCGGGCGGGGUGCGGGAGGGCGUGGUGGACAUGGACCUGGACGAGCUGAACGUCUACGCGCGGGGGACGGACUUCGACCUGGACUUCACCCUGCUGGUGCCGGCCCUGAAGCUGCACGACCGGAACCAGCCGGUGACGCUGGACAUGCGCCACUCGGCCCUGUGCCACUCCUGGCUCAGCCUGCGCCUCUUCGACGAGGGCACCAUCAACAAGUGGAAGGACUGCUGCACUGUCGUGGACCACAUCAACGGCGCCACCAACUACUUCUUCUCCCCGACGCUGGUGGCCGACUGGUUCCACGAGUCCAUCGGCAUGGUGCUGGCGGAGGUGCAGAAGAAGCCGCAGCGGGGCAUGCCCAAGGUGGAGAAGGUGGAGAAGAACGGCACCGUCAUCUCCGUCAUCCUCGGCGUGGGCAGCAGCCGCAUGCUCUACGACAUCGUGCCCGUGGUGUCCUUCAAGGGCUGGCCGGCCGUGGCCCAGAGCUGGCUGAUGGAGAACCACUUCUGGGACGGCAAGAUCACGGAGGAGGAGGUGAUCAGCGGCUUCUACCUGCUCCCCGCCUGCUCCUGCAGCGGCCGCAAGGAGAACGAGUGGCGGCUGUCGUUCGCCCGCAGCGAGGUGCAGCUGAAGAAGUGCAUCUCCAGCAGCCUGAUGCAGGCCUACCAGGCGUGCAAGGCCCUCAUCAUCAAACUGCUGUCCCGGCCCAAGGCCAUCAGCCCCUACCACCUGCGCAGCGUCAUGCUCUGGGCCUGCGACAGGCUUCCCGCCAACUACCUGUCCCAGGACGACUUCUCCGCCCACUUCCUGCUGGGCCUCGUCGACGACCUGCAGCACUGCCUGGUCAACAAGAUGUGCCCCAACUACUUCAUCCCGCAGUGCAACAUGCUGGAGCACCUGUCGGAGGAGACGGCCAUGCUGCACGCCCGCAGGCUGUCCUCGGUGCGCCAGGACCCGGCCGAGCACCUGCGCACCGCCAUCGAGCACGCCAAGGCCGCCAACCGGCUGACGCUGGACCUGCAGCGGCACGGGAGCGCGGCCAGCCUGCCGUCGCCGCAGUCCGACCCCGGCGACCAGCAGCCCGACGACCGCCUGGCCAAGAAGCUGCAGCAGCUGGUGACGGAGAACCCGGGGAAGUCCAUCUCCGUCUUCAUCAACCCCGACGACGUCACGCGGCCCCACUUCCGCAUCGACGACAAGUUCUUCUGAGGCGCCGGCCCUCUGUCCCGCCCCUCCUUCGCCCCCAAAAAAAACCUGAGGUGAAGGUCCCCCCCCCGCCCCCUGGUCCCCCGGUGAAGGUUUCCCAUGGUGAAGGUAUCCCCCGGUUGACGGUUUUUCCCCGGUGAUGGUUUCCUCGGUGACCGUUCCCUUGGCGACGGUUUCCCUCCCUGGUGAAGUUUGCUGUAGAGCUUUGUGAAGUGAGUUGUCCUGUGGUGCCAUUCCAUUUCACUCUCACCCCAGGAGACCCCCACCACCAUCCCCACCAAACCCCUGUCCCACCGCACUCCCCCACCCCCCACCCUCUACUCCCCACGCCACCCCAGCCACACCCCCUGGCUCAACCCCAACCUUGCCAUCCAAUGACCGAGCCGCAGUCAAGCGACGGUCAUGCGGUCAGGUUGGAGGACAGGGAACUGCUGCACAGGAUGACUGUGACGUACCUGCCAGGUGAACCGCAAGUAGGUCACUAAUGUGGGAGUGCUGGAACUGUUAACGCCACACACACCUGUAAAUACAGAAAGGGUCCUGUGCGGGUUUUUUUUUUUUUUUUGGUUUUUUUCCCCAGUCUCGAGUCUUAUUUUACGGCGUGUUGGGAGAGAGCCUUGACACUGUACUUUAUGGCCACUCUCUGCCAUGCGGCCAAAUUGCAGUCUGCUUAAAAAACAAUUCCCUGGCGCAUAUCUUUGAAAUGUCUUGUUUUUUUCCCCCAUUACUGUACAUUUUAUGUUAUGGCUUCUUA